GACGAGACAUUAUUUCGGCGUGCCACUCCAAGCAGUCAUUCUUGGCUGACCUCAGCCCUACAGAAUCGAUAGCGCUGUGACUGUCACCAUAGCGCUCUUCCCUCCACAUCACACUCCAACAUGGCCGACGAGAAGACACCGCUGGAUCUUCCGCCCGCCUACGAUGGCACAGGCGGCGUUGCAGUCCCAACCGCCCAACCGCCACAACGCCCUGGUGGCGGCCCGCGAGCGCCGCUCCCAUUGAAUCUGCCCGCGCUGAACAUGAUCCGUGGCAAGCGUGUGAUCCUCGCAUCUGCUUCUCCUCGUCGCAGGCAGCUCCUGGCACAGAUCGGCCUCAGCAACCUCGAAAUCAUCCCCGCAUCCGUCCCCGAAGACAAAGACAAAGGUCUCGGUCCCUUCGAAUACGUCCUCGAAACCGCCUCGCAAAAAUGCAUGAAUGUCUACCAGACCACCAUCGACGAUGGGAAAGACAAGGGCGGUGAGCCAGCAUUGGUGAUUGCAGCAGACACUGUAGUCGCAAGCCACUUUGGCGAAAUCCUCGAGAAGCCGAAGAACGAGAAAGAUCACUUCCAGACACUCAAGAUGCUCAGAGAUCAGAAUAAUGGUUGGCAUAAGGUCUACACGGCGGUGGUGUGUAUGGCGCCAUUGGAGAGUUUGAUGGAUCCGGGGUAUGCGAUUGAGACGCAUGUGGAGGAGACGCAGGUCAAAUUUGAUCAGAGUGUCACGGAUGAUUUGAUCAUGUCGUAUGUGAGGACGCGGGAGGGAGCAGAUAAGGCUGGUGGGUAUGGCAUACAAGGAGUGGGAAGCAUUCUCGUGGAGAAGAUUGAUGGGACGUUUGACAACGUUGUGGGGCUACCAUUAAGGGCUACGCUGCAAUGCAUUGAGAAGGUGGUGGUUGAGCCUGGUGUGCCUGAGGAAGUGGACGAGGCUUUGUAGAUUCGAGGACACAUCCCGUGGGAUGAGCGGUAGAGGGCAUGAAAGCGUGCCGCGCUAUGAUAGACUGCGAAUACGGCGCAUUGCUGAACAUAGACUGUCAGCUGACUCGGCUACCGAAUGAGUACCGAAGGUUUAAUCGUUUCCAAACAUUGCAGGCUCUCCGAGAAGAGGAAAUUG